UACUUUCCCGGUGCAGACUGGUGCCCGUCCAGUCCCAGCUCUUCUUCAUUCCACCCCACCUCCACACACCCCUCCCUCUACGAGCACGCCUGUGCCAAGGACUGUGGGGCCCGGCCUCCACCGGACACGUGCCAGCCCGGCUCUGGGACCAGGUAAAGGAGCUGGCAACUUUGUCAGAUGGAGGCUUAAAGGUUUCAGCUGCCUCUUGGCUCUUGGAAAGAUGGGGCUCUCCUGCCAGGCAGCAGGCGUCAACAUCUGGAUCCUCCUGGUAUUUGCAGCCUCUGCCCUCGGGGGCAGUGACAGGGGCCGGAAGAAGAUUGUUCAUGUGCUAGAGGAUGAGUCAGGGGCUGUGGUGGUCCAGACAGCACCAGGAAAGGUGGUGACACACCGAGGGGGAACCAUCGUCCUGCCCUGUCGCUAUCACUACGACAUCUCAGCGCACGAUGAAGAUGAAAUCCGCCUCAAGUGGACCAAAGUGACUGACCCGUUGGCUUUCCGUGAUGUCUUCGUGGCCAUGGGCAAGGAGAGACGGGCCUUUGGCAGUUAUCGGGGUCGGACAUCCCUGCAGGAGGAUGGUCCUGGAGACGCUUCCUUGAUUAUCCGAAAUGUCACACUACAGGACUAUGGCCGUUAUGAAUGUGAAGUCACCAAUGAGCUCGAGGAUGAUGCUGGCAUGGUCAGCUUGGACUUAGAAGGUGUGAUAUUUCCUUACCAUCCCCGCCUGGGCCGCUACACGCUGACCUUCCCCGAGGCCCAGCGGGCUUGUGCGGAGCAGGACGGCAUCCUGGCGUCCUAUGAACAGCUGCACGCGGCGUGGCGCGAGGGCCUGGACUGGUGCAACGCGGGCUGGCUGCAGGACGGCUCUGUGCAGUACCCCGUGGGUCAGCCGCGGGAAGAGUGCGGCCGCCGGGAGUCCCCCGUGGGCGUGCGCAACUACGGCUACCGCCACAAGGAGGACGAGCGUUACGAUGCCUUCUGUUUCACGUCCAAUCUACAGGGUCAGGUUUUCUUCCUGAAGCCCUACCGCAAGGUGAGCUUUCCGGAGGCGGUGCGGGCGUGUGCGGGCAGCGGAGCCGCGGUGGCCAAGGUAGGCCAGCUGUACGCCGCAUGGAAGCUGCAGUUGCUGGACCGCUGCGAGGCCGGCUGGCUGGGCGACGGCAGUGUGCGCUAUCCCAUCGUCAACCCCCGGGCUCGCUGUGGAGGUCAGAGGCCGGGCGUGAGAAACCUCGGUUUCCCGGACAAGAAGCACCGCCUCUUCGGAGUCUACUGCUACCGCGCUCCGGGCUCCCCAGACCCAGGAGCAGCUCGCUGGGGCUGGGGCUGGAGGGACCCAAGCGCCUGGCGGCCCCUGCAUGUCUAGCUGGGGGCCGGCCCAGGGAGGGGCUCCCCCAGUGGUCACCGAGGGGUUUGGCAUUUGCCACAAUCCCGGGG